AUGACUUAUCCUCCGCAGGUGACAUAUGAGUAUUAUCAGCUUGGGGACCAAAUCAUUGGAGCAAUAGGGUCAUUGUUUGAAGAUAUAUUUGGGAAAAUAUCUUUCAAGGAAUACCCCAAACCAAUUGAAGGAGAACUUAUUACUAUACCAAAGGCCUACCAACAUGUUCUCUCCUUGGCAUUUGCUGUGAAGAAGAUCAAUGAGAACCCCAAGGUCCUCCCAAAUGUCAGUCUUGGGUUCCAUAUAUAUGACAGCUACUUGAAUGCAAGGAUGACUUUUCAGAAUACCCUGAAAAUUCUAACUAGACAGAAUAGAAUUGUCUCCAACUUCAACUGUGACAAGUCAAAGAAUGUGAUAGCUGUCAUUGGAGGAUUUAAUUCUGAAAUAUCUCUUCAAAUGGCUAAUAUCUUAGACAUUUACAAGAUACCACAGCUUCACCCUUUCCUGAAGAGACUCUCAUUCAACAAUAGUGUGGGGGAUAUGGUGUAUUUGAAUGAAAAUGGUGAAUUAGCAGCUGGAUUGGAUAUUUUAAACUGGGUUACUUUCCCCAAUCAAUCCUUCUUAAGACUAAAAGUAGGAAAGAUAGAACCACAGGCAUUACCAGGAAGAGAGUUGAGUAUUAAUGUGGACAGCAUCACAUGGCACAACGUGUUUAAUCAGGUGAUGCCCCUUGCUAUAUGUAAUGACAAUUGCCAUCCAGGCUACAACAAACAGAGGAAGGAAGGGAAGCCAUUUUGUUGCUAUGAUUGUGUUCCAUGUCCAGUUGGAAAGAUUUCUGAUCAGAUGGACAUAGAUGAUUGUUUCAAAUGCACAGAAGAUCAGUAUCCUAAUCUGAAUCAAAAUGAAUGCCUCCCCAAAGCUCUGAACUUUCUCUCCUUCUCAGAACCUUUAGGCAUCACUUUGGUUUUCCUGGCAUUGUUCUUAUUUCUAAUGACAUUGUUGGUGCUGGGAAUUUUCAUUAAAAAACAGGACACUCCCAUUGUCAAGGCCAACAAUCGGGAUCUUAGUUAUUUGCUACUCAUUGCCCUUUUGCUUUGUUUUCUCUGCUCCCUACUAUUCAUUGGCAGACCUCAGCCAGUGACCUGCUGCUUACGACAAACUGCUUUUGCUCUCAUCUUUUCAGUUGCUAUUUCUUGUGUGCUGGCAAAAACCCUCACUGUAGUUCUGGCAUUCAUGGCCACCAAGCCAGGGAGCAGGGAGAGGAAAUGGGUGGGGAAAAGACUUACAAACUUCAUUCUUUGUUGUUCACUUAUACAGUUCAUGAUUUGUGUUCUAUGGUUGUGUACUACUCCUCCAUUCCCAGAUUCUGACAUGCAUUCUCUGGCUGAAGAAAUCAUAAUAGAAUGCAAUGAAGGGUCUGUAGUCAUGUUUUACUGUGUUCUGGGGUACUUGGGAAUUCUGGCUAUGGUCAGCUUCACUGUGGCUUUCCUAGCCAGGAAGUUGCCCGAUUCCUUCAAUGAAGCAAAGUUUAUUACUUUCAGCAUGCUGGUCUUUUGUAGUGUUUGGGUUUCCUUCUUCCCAUCUUAUCUGAGUAUGAAGGGAAAACAUAUGGUAGCUGUGGAGAUUUUCUCCAUCUUGGCCUCUGGUGCUGGGUUAACAGUUUGUAUUUUUUUCCCCAAAUGCUAUAUAAUUAUCAUGAAGCCUUAUUUGAACAGGAAGGACCAAUUAAUGAGAAGAAAGAUAUAG